AUGUGCAUGAACUUUACCAAGGAAACAAAGAAACACAAAGAUGGGGAUGAGGAUGAUAAGAAUGUCCAAAUUUCUGAAUUCCCCCGAGCUUUUGAUUUUAUGGAUCUAGUCAAGGUUGGGCUGCACGAUGGCUUGAGAACACUGAUCAAGAAUGCAAGGAUUCGCAAACAGCUAGCAAACAGAUUGCAUAGAUCCAUUUCGAGCUACAUACGUGAGGCCGCAUGGGUGAUCAAGAAGAACCUGAACUACAAAACAUCUGAGCCUCAGCAGUGGUGUGGUGUAGCACUACCUAUCACACACGUUUCGUUUGUCUUCGAUCCUACUGGCGCUUCUCCUCAUGAAGAAUCACGUCGUGAAGUUGAUGUAUAG